AUGGUGUUGAACAAGUUGACGGACGACGCCGCUCGAUGGGCCGGGCCCCACAUCAUCGACCUCGCCGGCGGCAAGGUUGUUCGGUUGAAUGUGGACGCCUUCGAGAUGGCCUUCAAGGCCCACUUCUGCACGGUCGACGACAAGAAGGCCACGCUCUCCGAACUCGUCAAGCUCGAACUUCACGCUAUCACAGCACGCACUCCGCUCUCUGACGAGGACAAGCGGGCACGCUAUGUAGAUGGCUUGCCGUACAAGAUCCAGAAUGAGUUCGCGGUCACGCAACUGGCCGAACGCGCCGAGGCGAUGCCCAAGACCAAGGGCUGGGGCCGCCGUGGCGAACGAGUAGCAGCGGACCGACGUGGACCUGAGGAACGGUCCUGCUUCAACUGUGGCGAGAAGGGCCACAUCCAGCGGAACUGCAAGAAGCCCCCACGAGGACAGCAAGCAGCCGCGUCCACUGCUACUCCGCCCAACCCCACCCCAUCCUCGAACUCCUCGACCUCGGACGAGCUAGUUGCUCUCCGUUCGCAGCUUAAGGAGCUCAGCGAUCGCAUUGCCGCUGUCAGCCUCGCCAAGGAGAAGGAGGGUUUUUGA